AUGCACAGGCUCGAGGCCAAGUUGGACGUCCGUGGACGCGGGCGGUGCUGCGAUUGCUGCGAUCGUGGCGUCUCCAAUCUGAAGCGACGGUUCCGGGAGAAGGUGCUGUGGUAUCUGCCCGAGAGCGAGGAGAGCGAGCCGAGCGGAAUCUGGAAUGACAUUAAGGGCUUCAUGGUGAGGGAUCACAAGAUCGACAAAGAGGAACCAAUCCCGCCCCUACCCUCCGGACGAUGCUCGGUUGUCUGCUGCGGCGCGAAGAGCCACCUGCCCACGAACGCCGACGCGCAGUGGCGCGUGAUGGCCCUGGCACGCGGGCUGCGGCUGCCGAUGCCGCGGCCGUAUCGUGCGCCCUACAUCCCGGGCAUCACGGUGCUCGUCCCGCACUUCAAGGAGGACAUCUACACUCAGACGAAGGGCGACGAACACAGGCAAGAUCUGAGCAAGUGGCUCCAGUAUCGGUACAAGGACGAGUUUGGCUUUUACGGAGGCGACGCAGGUUAUCAGAAUACGAAUGCAUAUCGGGAUUGGAUGGCCUUUCGGCAGCAGACGCUCUUCCGGACCAUCGAGGGCAUGUGUUUGUACCAAGAAGCGAUCCGUAAGCAUUUCGAGUUGCAGGGGAUACGUGAUUGCAGGAUCGCGCAAAACCCAGAAUUGUGGAGCAAGGACGUGUUCACUUGCUUGGUCACAAUGCAGCUUUACGGGUACAGUCAGGAAGCCCGUCAAUACGAUUUACGCCACAUUCACGAGUUGCUUCUGAAGCAUGGCAGCUGCCUCAAGGUCGCAUAUAUCCACUAUGAAUCCAAGGGGGCUGGUUGUCCAAAGCCAGGACGUCGAUACUACAGUUGUUUGAUCGACAACAGCUGUUUGAAUGGCCAGGAUAUGAAGAGCCCAAAAUUUAAGGUCGAGCUACCGGGGUACCCUAUACUAGGAGACGGUAAGGGGGACAACCAGAACCAUGCCAUCCCUUUCACGCGCGGUCACUAUUUGCAAACCAUCGACGCUAACCAAGGGGCGUAUUUCGAGCAGCUGAUGUUGCUGCCAUGUGCGCUGGGGGAGUUCCGCCGCAAGAGCAAAGCAGACCGCGAUGCCGGCAAGAAGAUCUUGGGGUUCCCAGAGCACCUUACCAGUGACAUCGGCUCCGUGGGCGAUUUCGCGGCAUCGGCCGAGAUGGCGUUCGGCACCAUCCUGCAGCGCGCCUAUGUUGUGAUGGGUGGCCGCAUGCACUAUGGGCAUCCCGACAUCAUGAACAGGCUGUACAUGAUGCAGCAGGGAGGCGUGUCAAAAGCGACGAAGACGCUGAACCUCUCAGAAGACAUAUUCGCGGGCAUGGACUUCACUCUCCGCGGGCACGGCCGGCAGAUCAAGCAUUGCGAGUACAUGGCCGUCGUCAAGGGCCGGGACAUGGGAUUCCGCGCCGUGCUACAGUUCUUCUCCAAGCUGGCCUCGGGCACCGGCGAGCAGCUCUUGACGCGCCAGACGUUCCGCCUGGAGCAGGUGCUGGAGCUGCCGGAAGCCCUCUGCUUCUACUACGCGCACGGAGGCUACUACCUCAUUCAGUUCGUAAUAUCGUGGUCCAUGCCUCUGACGAUCUUCGUCUGGCUGCUCGUGCUCGUGUCAGGCUGCGAAGAGGGCGACGUGUGCGAGAGGUCCAGCUUCGGCCACGACGCUCUUCUCGAGAGUACCGGCGUCAGGUCAACGCAGGAGGCCAUAGUCCCCAUGUUGUCGGUGAUGUGCUCCCCGGUUGUUAUAUUUUUCCUUCUGGUGUCGUCCUUGCCGUGGUUUGCCGAGAUGUCGAUGCAGCGUGGCGCCUGCUUCGCGCUGGGGAAGUUGCUUAAGAGCUACCUCACGCUUUCACCGCUCCUGUUCGUUUUCCAGUCCAAGUGCAUCGGCCACUACAUCGUGAACGAGUUCCGCUACGGGGGCGCGACGUACGUCGCAACGGGGCGCGGGCUCCCCACAGAACGCAUGCCCUUCAUGCGGGUUGGAACAAAUGGGGAAGGGAAGCCCCGGAAGUACGAAGGCUUGUACAAGGAUUACGCUGUCAUCGCUCACCACGACGGGGCCAUGCUUCUAGUCGGGCUCAUACUCGUUUGGCUCGCAGGGGGCAACCCAGGAGCUUCCCUUGCGUUGGUCAGCAUAUUCUUCUGCAGUGGUCUGGUCAUCGUUUCGUGGCUAUGGGCUCCCUAUGUCUUCAACCCAUAUCAGUUCAAGCUCGAGGACACCAAGGAGGAUUGGCAGGUCCUGAAAAAGUUCUUCCGUGCUGACGGUGGUAUCGAGUGGCUUGAAUGGUAUUGGACGGAACGGGUGAAGACUGGCCAACGGCUCUUCAACGUUAUCUGGGACAUCGGUUUCGUUAUGUUUGCGAUCUCCAUCGCUGGAUGGUACAUGGCAAUUACAGUCAAGGUGAGCAUGCUAAAUUCACUCUUCUCUGACAGGUUAGAGUUCAUGUACGUGCUCGCCUUGAUCCCGCCUGUUGUCCUCUCCUUCGCCUGCUGCACCGUCGCGACCGUCGUCCACUUGUGCCGAGCUUGUGUCAAACCCCCUGCCACCUCGGAAGCUCAGACCAGCUUGCUGAGUAAGUGGCCCAAACCAGAGUACAUCACGGAGCCUGCCAUGGUGAGCAGCGGCUUUCUCAGUGACGUCCCGCUGCAUGUCCUCUCGGUGGGCGUGGUGUCAUCAACCUGCCUCGAGUCGUUCUUCUCGCUCAUCCAUCUUGCAGGCUGGUGGAGGGCGCUGCUGGCGGGGGUGGUGCUCAAGCUGACGCUGCUCUCUGCCAUGACCCUGAUCGGAGAGGGCACGCUGCGCUCCCCGUUCUGCCGAAAGUGGCCGCCGGUGCUCCUCAUCGCGCUUGAGGCGUGGGUGUGCGCACACCGCAUGGCGAAGGACGCCCUGACGUCCUUGAUCAUCAUGCCCGUGCUGUUCUUGUUCGCGAAACUCGACGGGCUCAACAGGUCAUGCAACCCGAGCGGCCGCUAUAACCUGCACCACUGGUUCCUCUACCGCGCCCCAGGCAAUGACCUCGAUAGACUCAGAAGUAGGCCAUUGCCGCAAUGA